UCCGAUAUUUGGACAGGGACGCACUGGGUUUGGGAAAUGAUUACAAUGCUGCUCAAAGGGAAAGCUGAAUAUGAAAAUCGUCCAAAAGAAGUUGCCAUGUUGGAAUUUCAUUCUGUCGACAAGCUCUGUGAAGAAAAAAGACCAAGGGUUUUCAAUACACACCUUUUUCCCAAUCAGAUACCAAAUGCAUUUUUGGAAGGGAAAGGAAAGAACUUGCUUUUGCUACGAAAUCCGAAAGAUGUAUUCGUGUCCUUCUAUUAUCACUUGAUGAACUCAAAAAUAACCGUUUCACCAAUAAGCUGGGAUGAUUAUAUGUAUUUAGUGAUUAAGCACGGAGGAAGCAGAUGUGAUUGGUAUGAGUACACCACAGAUUGGGAGAAAGAAAGAAAUAAGAAAAAGACAAAUUACCUUUGUCUAUACUAUGAAGAAAUGAAUAAGAACCCUUUUGCAACAGUGAAGUCUAUUGCAAAACAUCUUGGAAUUCCGUGUUCGGAAACAUUUGCAGAGGAGAUUGUUCACAAAUGUAAACUUGAAAACAUGAGAUCUGCCAAUAAAGAUAAAUAUGACGACAGGAACCAGACUGGUGCAAACCCGGAUAUGCAUGAUCCAGACAAAAUGUAUAGAAAAGGAGAAGUGGGGGACUGGAAGAACCAUUUUACCGUGGCACAGAACGAGGAAUUUGAUAAAGUUUAUCAGAAGAAAAUGAAGGAUUCGUCAUUUCAUUUCAUAUUUGAAUAAAUUAUUUUGAAUAAGCAGUAUAUACUUGAAUAUCACUCACUAAACCUGUCCUUGACAUCCUGAAAUUGAUAAUGGACAAGAAAAGAAAAAUACAUGUAGGUAUUUCCAUUCAUAGAAAUAGCAGCUUUUAACAUGUGUAGAUCAU